GUGCUCCUGCUACUGCACGCAAGCGAAGUUGCCUGUGUCAUACCCCUCUUACGGGUGCGGCGCUCUACACAUCGGGUGGGAUAAGGAGGCUGUCCACCUACCUCAUGUUCUGGCACUUCCGGACCUCCGAGCUACAGACUGAUACAAAGUUCAACGAAGUGAAGAACAAGAUUAGCCUGGGCCUUGGGUGGAUACUGUUUGCUUUCUCCGUGCUGAGUCGUAUGUACGGAAGAAGCUGUAACGGGAGCCGAGGAGCUAGGCGUGGCCGCUGGUCGAGCUGUGGUCGGUACUGGACGAACAUGAAUGGCGGACAUCAGCUGCCAAAUCAAGCUGGUACCGGGCAGUAUAAUCCUGCGCCUGUGCCUCCGGGCAUUGUGCCAACGUAUGUUGUGCCCACUGUACAAGUGCAAGGUGCGCAGCAGCAGCUACCGCCGGUGCAACAACAGGUACCUCCAGCGAAUGCAGCACUGUCCGUCCCGACAAAUGGCGAUGGCCGAUCGUCUAAUCAGAACCAUGGGAAAGGUCCGACUGCGAAUGCUUUUCCAGGCCCAGGUAACCAGGCAUAUUUUACAAAAGAAUACAUGGACAUCUUGGAGGAUAUAAAGUCCGAAAAAGUUCUCGACGCUGCGAAGAGGAAGAUUUCUGGAGGCAGGAUUGGUGGCGUGCGAAUUUCGGGCAGCACAAACGAGAGUUGCAGGUCGGAAGUCCGCUCGAACAGUAAGACCGACGAUAUGAAGGCAUGGGUUACUUCGACCCUCGGAGAUUCACUGAAGUUAAUCACCCAGAAGCUUGAGGAAGUGGACUCAAAAUCCAAGCUGGUGGCCAGCGAGAAGGAGGAGCUAAUGCGACUAAGAGCGGAGAAGGCUACCCUCAAGAAGGUCAAGAAGGAAGCGAGUAGCGAGAAGCGAAAGCGGGUGGCUGUUGUAGCGCCCGCCGCUGUGACGCCUGCCAACAACGCGAAGUCCCGAUCGAGAGGAAGUUCGAAAGGGAGAUCGCGCCGAGUUGAAAUCUCCUCAGACGAGGAAGACACUGCUAUCGGUCAGGUGCGGCAAAACUUGAGUGAAAAACUGGAGAAGAGCAGUGACUUAUCCAAGGUGAAGAAAAUGCUGGCCGCGAUCGCACAAAGUCUCGCCGACGCCAAAGGCAAGCAGCCGGCGGUGGAUCCUGAGGAACAGCCUGUCAAGGAGCAUGGAAUGGAGGAAGAGGACAAUGAAGAUGUGGACGUUGCCGUGAGCACCCCUGAUCAUGAGGAAGAAGAGGUUGACGAAGGUGGGUUGGCCGCGUAUAUGAAGAUGCGGCAGGACUUCUACAUGUCCUUGCAUUAUACCAUGGUGCAGGAACUGUGCAAGCAGGGAGAAAUUUCUUACUUUCGUAAGGAACCAGCAGCUUAGGAAUUAGCGAGGUUGGAUCUGCAAGAAUACGCGGACCAACUAAAUGGUAAUGCCCCAAAUGGG